CAUGCCGGGGAUGGACACAUAGGAUAACAUGCCGGGGAUGGACACAUAGGAGAACAUGCCGGGGAUGGACACACAUAGGAUAACAUGCCGGGGAUGGACACAUAGGAGAACAUGCUGGGGAUGGACACAUAGGAGAACAUGCCGGGGAUGGACACAUAGGAUAACAUGCCGGGGAUGGACACAUAGGAUAACAUGCCGGGGAUGGACACAUAGGAUAACAUGCCGGGUAUGGACACAUAGGAGAACAUGCCGGGGGGAUGGACACAUAGGACAACAUGCCGGGGAUGGACACAUAGGAGAACAU